GUUUCCAUUUUGGGUGUCAAACAUAUCUCCGCCACUGUGUUGGAGAGGUUCACAUACCAAUAUUUAAAUACGCGAACUGUGUUGGCAAAAACAACAACAACACAGUCAAAUUAUUCUGUUAGCUCUGAGGCAUCGAGGAGGAAGAGUGGAUAAUUUUGAUGCAAUUUUUCACAGCUUUCGCCAAACAGGAUCAAAAACUGCAAUAGGAACGGGCAUUAUAUAUAUAUAUAUAUUUUAAAAUUACGUUUAAUAAUAUAAGUAUUUUUUCCCACAAUAACAGAAGCAAGAUAUUGUGGCACUCGAAUAUACGCCUUAGAGUUAUUUUGUACAGGUAAGACGGUUUCUUUAAAAUGGAUUGUUAAAGAUUAGUUAAAUGUGGUUAAAAAAUAUAAAUAACUUAUAAAUAAACAUAUAUAUAUAUAUAUAUAUAUAUAUAUAUAUAUAUAUAUAUAUAUAUAUAUGUUGUUUUGUGUUGUUUUGGUAUUGUUUUUGUGUGUGGUUUUUGUAUUUUGUGUGUGUGUGUGUUUGUUUUAAAAUUGAUAUAAGAGUCACGCAAAUAAAGUCAAGCUUGUUUUUAUUAUUAUCUAAUUAUAUCCCGCCAAACAAUGUCGGCAGCAAUGUGUGAGCUUCCCAUCUACUAAUGUUACUUGACAAAACGCACGAAGUAACACACUUUUAAUAAGGAUCCAAUUAAUUCGCACCCCCCCCCACCCUAAUUACACCACGACUUACGUUUUUCACACCCCUAAAUAUAUAUUAAUAUUAUAACAUCCCCCCACCCCCUUUUACAGCACAGGUUUAUAAAAUCAUAUUGAAAUUUAGAAAAUAUUACGCACCAAACGCACUUGCGAUAUUAUUUAAAGAUCACCUUUAGUCAUAUAUAUCUAUAGCGCACCUACCAGGAGUAUUAUUUAGCGCGCUAUUGAACUCAGCAUUACACCAUACAUUCAUUCAUACAUACCUAGAGCGCUUAACAUACUGAUGACUAUGUAAAACAUAAUUAGUGCUGUUUCUUCUCAUUUGUCGACAGCUUAAAUAGAGAGAGAGAGAGGUGCAGUACAAGGCCAGAAAGAAAACAUGAUAACUUACCUCCUGCUCCUGGCUGUGGCUGUUUGUAAUGCUGCUCCUUAUUCUAAAGGUACGUCAUAGUUAAAUAUGCACUGUACAGUUAAGUCAUUGAUUAAUAUACACAUCAGGGGUUCUUAAUAUUUUUUUUUGUUUUGUUCCAUGGACCCCUUUGUCGGUCAGAUGAAGGCCACGGGCUUAUAGUCUUAGACUAAAGAUUUAAAUGCAUAAAAUAAAAUUACAUAGAAAAUGCAGCUCAUAGACCUCCUGAAACGUAUACGUAUACAUGGUCCUCCCCCUCCCCCCCCCCCCGUUUAAGAACCCCUUCUCUACGUGUAAGUAAAGCUUAAAUAUACAGGGGGGUCUCAGUUUUUGGAAUAUAAUCCCACAUUUUAAAGACAAGUGCCCCCCGGAGCAAAAAUAUGUCCAACAAUAAAUCAACUGGCACUGCCCCUCUGCGGUGCCCCCCCCACCCCUUUGGGGAAAUUUCUGAAAUAAUCACUGUUAGCAAAGUUGCGCGAAAUCAGAGCCGUCAUGUGGUUCUUCCACCAUUGCGGCUGCGAAGCGGUUGGGGGGGGGGAGGCUCGGAUAUUUAAAUGGCCUAAAACUGUGAUGUGGCAAUAACCCCCCCCCCCCCCAAAUAAAAGUAGCAGGGGGUUUGGGUUCCGAAAUCCCAUGAAGGCUCUGCAAAGCCGUAUUAUCCAUAAGGCUGAACAGGGGCCCCACCCCAGAGCAGGGGCCCAUGCAACCUUUAGCAAUGCCAUGGGCCUAAUGAAGCUCGAAGCCUAGGGGCCCUGACACAGGCCGUUGGUGUCUGCCUCAAAUAGCGUAUACAUCCUAAACUGAGCAUUUAAGAGUUUGUACCGUCCAAUCUUCAGCAGGUCACCAAACAGACAUUCACCAAACGGACAUUCACCAAACGGACAUUCACCAAACGGACAUUCACCAAACAGACAUUCACCAAACGGACAUUCACCAAACAGACAUUCUGUUAUUCAUCAAACAGACAUUCACCAAACAGACAUUCACCAAACAGACAUUCACCAAACAGACAUCCACCAAACAGACAUUCACCAAACAGACAUUCACCAAACAGACAUUCACCAAAGCUCAUCAUGUAUGUUGAAGUUAAAAGAAUUAAUUAAUAAAUAUUUCAUCUCCAGCGCAACACAUCACAUGAUGCACCCAAUUCAUUUUUGUUUCCAUUUUGGGUGUCAAACAUAUCUCCGCCACUGUGUUGGAGAGGUUCACAUACCAAUAUUUAAAUACGCGAACUGUGUUGGCAAAAACAACAACAACACAGUCAAAUUAUUCUGUUAGCUCUGAGGCAUCGAGGAGGAAGAGUGGAUAAUUUUGAUGCAAUUUUUCACAGCUUUCGCCAAACAGGAUCAAAAACUGCAAUAGGAACGGGCAUUAUAUAUAUAUAUAUAUUUUAAAAUUACGUUUAAUAAUAUAAGUAUUUUUUCCCACAAUAACAGAAGCAAGAUAUUGUGGCACUCGAAUAUACGCCUUAGAGUUAUUUUGUACAGGUAAGACGGUUUCUUUAAAAUGGAUUGUUAAAGAUUAGUUAAAUGUGGUUAAAAAAUAUAAAUAACUUAUAAAUAAACAUAUAUAUAUAUAUAUAUAUAUAUAUAUAUAUAUAUAUAUAUAUAUAUUUUUUUUUUUUUUGUUUUUUUAUUUUUUUUGUGUUUUUUUUUUUUUUUUUGUGUGUGUGUGUUUUUUUGAUGAAAAGAGAAUUAAUGUAGUUUCAGUUUUCAUAUUUGUGAAACGUUUCGGAAAACGACAUCUAAAAGCAAUUAUUAGAUAAUACUAAAAUAAAGACAAAACUAUAACAUAUUUAGAUGACACUUGGAACAUGAUUUUAAUUUAUGUCCAAUAUUUUAUUUUGAAUGUUAUUCUAUCUCUAAAGUUACUUUUGAUGACUCAUUGUUUGGCCAAAACCUUUUACACGAUGCCUUAGCUUUAGAUCAUUUGCUUGCUGAAUGUCAUUUAGAAAAAAAUUAUUAGUGAUACAUUCGGCGGUGGGGCUGAACAAAAGUUAAGUGUGCUAAAAAUGACAGGAUGGCAUAGACAUGAAAAGAUGUUUCAAACAUAAUCAGAAGUUUGAGACAAGUUUAGAUAAUACGAACAGCAUCAGAUGGCACAAACUUAGAUAGAUGGUACAGAUUGGAUUAGAUUGUACAGAUUGGAUUAGAUUGUACAGACUGGAUUGGAGAGUACAGACUUGAUUAGAGUACAGACUGGAUUAGNAAGAUUUAAAUGCAUAAAAUAAAAUAACAUAGAAAAUGCAGCUCAUAGACCUCCUGAAACGUAUACCUAUACAUGGUCCUCCCCCCCCCCCCCCCCCCUGUUUAAGAACCCCUUCUCUACGUGUAAGUAAAGCUUAAAUAUACAGGGGGUUCUCAGUUUAUGGAAUAUAAUCCCACAUUUUAAACAAAAUCUCAGAAUAGAAUUCUUCAUAAAUUAAGUAUUAAAAUCGUAUCGUCUUUUCUUUUUGUAUUUUUUAUAAUUUAAUAUAUAUUUAUAUGUUAAGAAGAUAUAAUUAUCGUAAAACGUAGGCUAUAUUUCCGAUAUCUAAUGAUCUAACGCAAGCUUUUUCUUGCUUAUUAAUAGACACGUGUUUAUAGAAUCAUGCGAAACAAUCCGUGAAACAAGCGCGAAUGCCAAUUAAUUAGGUUCUAAUGAAAAUUUCGAGAAUCUGUAAAAAAAAAUAAUAUUUUUAUGCAAAUUACGUAAGUUCCAAUGAAAAUUUCGCAAUUUAUAUAACUGCAUGUAACUUCAAUGAUUUUUUUUUGUUUAAAACAUCCUCACGGUAAAAAUAAUCAAAUCACUGGAAAUAAUUUUUCAUCUAACGUUACACAAUUAGAGGAGGUGUUUGAGGAUUUGAGACAAACACAAGAAUAAAUACCAACACACUUGAUCAUUCAUGAAUGUUUUAUUGGGAAGUCCAUGCUCCGCAGCGUGUUGCAAACAAACCUUUAUGGAACUUUGGACGUUAGCUUUUUUUUAAUAGAAUAAUAAAUGCCGUUGUUAUAUGCUUCUUUCCGUUGGGGAUUGGUCACUUCAGGCUACACUUCAGGCUACACUUCAGGCUUCACUUCAGGCUACACUUCAGGCUACACUUCAGGCUACACUUCAGGCUACACUUCAGGCUACACUUCAGGCUACACUUCAGGGCAACAAAUUUAUAGUCAAUUUAACCAAAGUCUGCCUUACAGAAACCCGGAUUUUUUUUAGUCCUGCGCAUCGAAUCUAUUUAGAAUUGUGUUUCAAAAAGUAUAUCAAUGGUGUCCGUUCGCAGCUGGCGUCAGAAGACAAGAUGAGCUGCCCACGUCACUGUACGGCAACCCCCUCAGCUACAGCCAGAUUAUGGACCUGAUUAAAGAACACAGUGAGUCAAAGUAGCAAUGAAUACAUUUUUAGAACAAUACAUGUUUUUAAAAAAUCGUUUUGUUUCCCUCGUGGUAUCGUUAUCCCCCCCCCCCAAAAAAAAAAAAAAUUAGUUUAAGCUGUCGAUCUACCUUGAGCGUUCCUUUUAAGAAAGCGCUCUUUAACAAAUUUGAUAUCAGUGUGAUAUCAGGAUCUGUAUGAUAUCGGUAUGUAGGUCGUAAGGUUCUGUUUUGACAUUUGAGGUCCGUUGGUCCCAAUAAUGUAUGUUUGGCUCCUGGCUAAUUAAAUUUAUUAAUUGGAUUCGUAUAUUAAAUUCUAAAUAGAUACAUUUUUUUGGUGAGUAUACUUUAAAGAGAUUGGGAUUGUGCGUUCUUACAAAUUGCUAAAAAAUAAUUCUUGUGCAUUCUUACAAAUUGUGAAAUUGUUCUUGUUCGUUCUUACAAAUUGUGAAAUUGUUCUAAUUUGUAUCAUCUAAAAUGAUCGGAUGUGUCCCACAGCUGGGGGCAAGAGACAGACCUUGUCAUUGUUCGGUGACCCACUCACCCACUCUCAAAUUAUUGAUUUGAUCAGAGAGCACAGUGAGUAAACACAUCUGGUACACAUCAAAGAAUAUGUGUGUGUGUAUGUGUGUGUGUGUGUGUGUGACUGUGUGUAUGUAUGUCUGUUUCUGUGUGCUUCUGUGUGUGUUUUUGAGUGUGCUUGCGGUGUGCGUGUGUGUGUGUGUGACUGUGUGUAUGUAUGUCUGUUUCUGUGUGCUUCUGUGUGUGUUUUUGAGUGUGCUUGCGGUGUGCGUGUGUGUGUGUGUAUGUGUGUCGUAUACGCGUAGCGGUGGUACUAUUUCGUUAACAUCAUUAAUAAUUUACACAUCUUACAACAUGACACACACAGACACACACAUGCACACAUAAACAUAUACUAUUAAAAUAACAACACCCAUCUAUCACAUAUUCGCAAAUCCGCUUUCCAUGCCGUUUAAGUCAAUUCCUUUAAAACAGCAAUAUUCUACUCUUCUGGUACUAAAAAAAAAAAAAUUAAUUAUUUCUUUAAUUGUAAUUCACUUUAAUGUGUGUUCUCUAACAUCAGCCAACAGCAGGAGACAAGCUCAGCACGCCGUACUCAACCAUUUUCUGCACAGCGUGUCGACUACCAACGGUAAGCGCUAAAAAUGGAGCCGUAAAGCUCCCUCAAGGAAGAACUUACUGAAAGCGUGGAAGGCGUCCAUAGGGAUGUAAACCUGACGGAACUUGCCGGUGGCGUUGAUGUUUUGCGACAUCCCCCGUACUGACAGAGGCGUAGCGAGGGUGUUUGGCGCCCGGGGACAAAAUUCGCGCCCGGGGACAAGAUCCAUUUUAAAGCGCCCCUUUUUCUUUUUUUUCAACUCUUAGACCCAUUAUUUUCAUCAAUAAAAUAAUAUCAAAGCACAUAUUGCCGCCCUUAACUAGCUGGCGCCCGAGGACAUCUGCCCCCCCUUGCCCCCCACUCGCUACGCCUCUGCGUACUGAGUUAUUAUCUAAAAUCUAAGGCAAGGAGCGUAGUAUGGCCCUACUGAACAAACACUCCGGCCUCCACCAAAGUAACGUGGCAGCGUUAUAUUAUAGGUCAGUAGGAACAGAUGCAAGAAACACCUUACCUCAGAAACUCUGGCCAAACAGAUAUGAGCAUUAAUAUUAGUAAUGAUCUUGACAGAUAUUCUUUACAUUUUAGCUUAAAAAAAAAUGAACAGUUCCAACUGCAGAAAAAAUGUCAUUUUUUUUUUUUUAAUGGCUGACCUGUAACAUGUUCUUCUAUGGCGUUAUAAGACACGUUAUUGCGAGACAUUGAAGAGAGUAGCAAAUCUUGUUACUUUAUUUUAAUGAAUUAUUUUUUUCUUAUAGCUCUUGAAUGCUUGCAGUAAUCUUCUUCUUCUAUAUCUUAAGGGCCAACGAUCAAUUUAUUGAUCAUUUUGGCUCCUAUGCAUGUAGAUGGGAUUUGCAAUGUUUCUGUUACUGGUGUUGAUGAGGAAAUCAUGCACAAGGGGUUUGAAGGCUGGAGGCAAUAGACACAAAUGUGUCUAGUGUUGUCGCCUCAACUGUUCCUUUUGAAAGAUUGUUCCAGUCCCUGAUUGUCUUGGGCAGGAAUGAGCAGCUCCUAUACUGGCUUCUUGCUGGUAGGAGCCUGAAUUGCCUGUCAUGGCCUCGUCGCUGUCUAUGGGGGAGAGGGACGAGUUUCUGUUUAAUACUGGAACAGUGGACCAGCCCAUUAUAUAUCUUGUACAUCAUGGAGAGCCUGGAUUGUCGUCGUUGUUUCUCCAAUGGUGACCAGCCUAGUGUUUCUAGCAUGCUGCCAACACUAGAGGUAUUCCUGUAGCGGCUACAUGCAUAGUAGAGCAAGAUAUGUUUAGGGUUGAACAGAAAUGACAUGGGCGAUGAAGUUGACGUUUCGGCUAGAAGCCUUCUUCGGUAGACAAGGCUUGAACGCAGUCCCUCGUGCAUUAUUCUCCUUUAGUAAUGGCUCCAAUAGCAUUACAUCUUUAAAGCUUUUAUUCAUCUUUGGGAAUGACACCAGUUCCCUGGGAAUGACAUAGUUCCUCACCUUAAACACUAAUAGUGACCUUAUAAUGACAUAUCUAGUAUUGAUCUUGUAUAGACCUUAGAUUGAGUCUCUACUGACCAUUGAGUCUCUACUGACCAUUGAGUCUCUACUGACCAUUGAGUCUCUACUGACCAUUAACUCUCUACUGCCCUAACGUUUCUGGUUUCAGACGACGCCCGUUUCUUUACAUGGAAUCCCGACCCCCUGGGCACCUUACUGACCGUUGCCCAGCAGAACGACCAGACCUUGACCCAGUACCUCAGUGACCUCAGCUACAAUGAGAUUCUCCACCUCCUGGGGGAGCUUAUGAAAGGACACUGAAGAGUUCCACCGAAACUCACGCUCAUGAAAAAUGAAGACCUCUCAAGCCACAUUUGUUUUCUUCUUUCCUUUGACGUUUAGUCUCGGUUUAAAUUCUUUCGAAUUUAUGUUUAAAUAGAAAUAUACCUGCUUGAAAAAGUUUUCAAUACCUUCAGUAGAUCUCAAGAUUUAAAAAAAAAAAUAAAUGGCAUUUAAUAUUAUGACAUAAUAAAAAAAAUAAAAAUCUACGUUUGUGAAGCUUCCUGUGGUCAUAACUGUCUUUACAACAGUUUGAGGACAGUAGUGGAUUAUGCAUACAUGAAAUAAUAAAAGUACAUGUACUUGG